UCUUGUGAAAAUGAUACCUAAAAAAUGCACACAGUAAAAUAAUGGGGUCCUCAUAGGGGUUGUCCAUAAAUUUAAAAACAUUUUGAACCUGGACUUUGUGCAGUUUAAGCUAGAUUCACAGAAGUGGGGAGAGUUGCGCAGGACACACUACCUCUGCAAAUCACAUCAUAAUUUUUCCAUAUGCAAGUGAUGUCACUUGUUUUUUGCUGGACAGAACAUAGAUUUGUAUAGACUUGUAUGUUUGUAUAGUGUCAGUGAGGAGAUCACAAUACAGCAACCUGCACAUCAAGAUCUGAUCAAAGACCAACCACAUACCUAAAACAUGAGGUCCUACUGCAUCUUCAUCGUCUGUCUUGUUCUCUUCACCUUCUGCUCACUGACUCAAAGUGAAUUCAACCAAUUUCCCGACAAGUGCUGCUUUUCUUUUUCCAAUGUAAAAAUCCCAGUUAAGCAGGUUGAGAGUCAUCAUACUACCCAUCUUGAAUGCCACAGGAGUGGUGUCAUGUUCAUCACUAAAGCCCAAAAAGAGAUCUGUGUUGACCCAUCAGAGAGAUGGGUUCAGAGACUGAUAAACUUGGUGGAUGCUCGAAACAUGAAGGAGAUGUCAAUCUCGAAUCUAAACCAGAGAGGAAAGCAUCAGAGUCAGUCAGAACGAUAGAAACUACACCACUCCACCUCUGGAGGAAAUGUCUGUAGUCCACUUUGAAGAGUCACAUGACCGGUUAGAUUUUCUCCUCUUUUAAGUUGGCUGUUAACUCAGGAGGAUUUUAUUUGACCAUAGUCAACAAUGUAAAAUGUUCUAUUGUUAAAAACCACAAACACUGGGCCAGAAGUAUCCUUAUUGUCGAGUUGUGUAAUAAAAUUUCAUAUCCCAGA